AUGACUGCGUGUGAUGGUCAACCAUUUAACGUUUUUUUGCAAAUCAGAAUCUAUACGUAUGCUUUUUUUAAAAGUGGAUACGAAGCUUUGCCGAAAUCUCCGAACACAAUUAAGAAGAUUGUUAUAAAAAAAAGUGACCAGUUAAAACAAGAACUGAGAAAAGAAUUGUCGGUUUUAAAAGCAAAAGGACAGAAAUUUUCCGUCUCUCUUGAUGAGUGGACAUCAGCUAGUAACCGGCGUUAUGUGAAUAUUAACAUUCACUGCCCUAAUUUCAAUGGCAAUGACAAGCCUUUCAGAAACUUGGGAUUGGCAAGAAUUACAGGUAGAGGAACAUCGGAAAGAUGUAAUCAUAUUUUGCGGGUUAAAUUAGGGUCCUACGAUCUAUUUUUAGAAGAUGACGUAGUAGGUGUAGUGACAGACGGUGCUAGCGUUAUGACUGCCAUGGGUUGUCAAAUACCUUCAUUUCACCAAUUAUGCCUCGCACAUGGAAUUCAGUGUGCAGUGGUGGAUGUCAUAUAUAAGAACUUAUAUAGUCAGAGUGUAGAAACUGUCGAAAAUUCAAAAGAAAUAGACACAGAGGAGACAUUAUCUACAAUAGUAGAUUCAGAGGCAGAAGAAUCAGAAGAUGAAGAAACAGAUGAAAAUGACGAUGGACAAAGUUUUGUAGUUAGUAAUGCAGAAACCAGAAGUGAAUCCAGGCUUAAUGUCGAUUUUUAG